AUGGGUGAAACCGACCUGCCUGCCGUCGAGGAGACUUCUCCCCAAGCCGAAGAGCCUCCUAUAUGUGGUUUACAUGGGCUAAAUUCAUCACAUCAACAAAGGCAGUUCCAGUCGAACUCAGCCGAUGGCGAUACGCCAUUAUCGCUCCACGCUCCGCACACCCUCUCCAUUGAAGAAGUUGCAGAGAAACUGCACGUGGAUAUCAACCAUGGACUCAGCCAUGCUGAAGCGGAAUCUCGCCUUCGGCUCUAUGGACCUAACAAGGUUAAAGGAGCUGAAGGGCUAUCCAUGUGGAAAAUUCUGUUAAGACAAGUGUCCAACAGUCUCACAUUUGUCCUCAUUAUUGUCAUGGCCAUAAGCUUUGCUAUCGAUGACUAUAUCGAAGCAGGCGUCAUAACCGCAGUCAUCUGUCUGAACAUCGUGGUCGGAUUUUGGCAGGACUACCGUGCUGAGAAGACCAUCGAGUCUCUCAAAAAGCUUACCGCUCCGGAAGCCACAGUUACCCGCAAUGGCACACCCGAUAUUAAGAUCAAGGCAGUGGAUCUUGUCCCUGGUGACAUUGUCCAACUGGCCGUUGGCAACAUUGUGCCCGCCGACCUCCGUCUCAUCGAUAGUGUCAACGCCUACACCAACGAAUCUUUUCUCACAGGUGAAGCGAUGCCUGCAGAGAAGACACCGUCGAAGAAGUUCGACGACGAGGAACUUGAAAUUGGAGACCAAACCAACCUCGCUUUCUCUGGGAGUGAGGUGACCUCCGGUCGAUGUCGUGGCAUUGUAGUUGCUACAGCCAUGAAGACUGAAGUGGGAAAGAUUGCCUCUAUGAUGCGUCAUAAGGAAGAAGAUGCUGAUCCAUCUCCAUACCUCAUCGUGCGAAUGUCCAAGCGAUUCGUAAGGGGAGUCAAAACUAUCUUGGGUCUUGUAGGUACACCCUUGCAGAUCACCCUGAGCAAGUUUGCUCUUCUGCUUUUUGGGCUCGCUAUUCUUCUCGCUAUCAUUGUCUUCUCCGCAAGCAAAUGGCAAGUAGGUGGCGAAGUCCUCAUAUACGGCAUCUGUGUGGCGGUGGCGGUAAUCCCUGAAUCGCUCAUCGCCGUCCUCACAAUUACCAUCGCAGUCGGUGGUAAGGCGAUGGCCAAGGCCCAUGUCAUCACUAGAGUUCAGUCCGCUAUUGAAGCCGUGGGCGGCGUCACUAACAUCUGUUCUGAUAAGACCGGUACUCUCACACAAGGUCGCAUGGUUACGAAGAAGGCCAUCAUUCCGGGUGCCGGUACGUUCACCGUCGAUGGUAUUAUGGAUCCCUUCAAUCCUCGAAGCGGCGUUGUGUCCCUGGAUGGCAAAUGUGUUGCUUGGGACGAGUUCACUCCGAACACCAAGCUCGUCCAGUUUCUUCGUACGAUCGCUCUUUGCAACAACUCCAAGGUCCUACCGGCGCUCGACUUGGAUGGAGAUUAUGCGAGCGAGAAGAAAGAAGCCUUGGAUCGAACCACGAGUGACGAUGAUCGUGAUACUGAUGGGUCCACCAUACAGUCUAUAUCACGACCGCCCACAGCUGAUAUGCAAGGUUUGUCGAAUGCACCUUGGAUGGCUCACGGCGAACCAACCGAGAUCGCUUUGCAUGUACUAGCCUCCCGUUUCAACAUGGGCAAAGAAACGUUGCUGAGAACACUCAACAUCCAUCUUGCCACGGAGUUCUCUUUCGAUUCGACGGUUAAGAAGAUGUCGGUCGUGUACAAGGACAAUCAUACCAGUCACAUGGAUGUCUACACUAAAGGCGCUACCGAGUUUAUGCUUCCCGCGCUCAACAUCACAGAUCAGGAGAAGGAUGACAUUCUCCAAGCAGCCGAGAACAUGUCCAACCAAGGUUUGCGUGUUCUCUGCAUAGCUCACAAAACUCUACUACCAGGCACAGACGUUCAUGAACGUGCUUCGGUGGAGAGCAACCUCAAUUAUAUUGGUCUUGUCGCCAUCUACGACCCGCCUCGCCUAGAGACUAAGGGUGCUGUCAAAGAAUGCAAAAUUGCUGGCAUCACGGUACACAUGCUAACGGGUGACCAUCCCGGCACUGCACGAGCUAUCGCGAGAGAAGUUGAAAUUAUCGAUGACAGGACACCACCUUCAGCCGUUAUGGUCGCUCGAGAGUUCGAUGCAAUGACUGAUGAGCAAAUUAACGCUAUGAAGACGUUACCCUUGGUUAUUGCCAGGUGUAGCCCAACGACCAAGGUCAAGAUGGUGCAGGCUCUAGCUAGAAGGGGCCAAUUCUGUGUUAUGACUGGAGAUGGUGUCAACGACUCGCCCGCCUUGAAGCAAGCCAAGGUCGGUAUGGCUAUGGGUUCUGGAAGCGAUGUUGCCAAAGACGCUGCUGAAAUGGUGUUGACCGACGACAACUUUGCCUCGAUCGUGAAAGCGGUCGAGGAAGGUCGACGCCUGUUUGAUAACAUUCAGAAGUUUUUGAUGCACCUCCUCAUCUCCAACAUCGGCCAAGUCAUUCUACUCCUCAUUGGCCUUGCCUUCAAGGACAACGACGAUCACUCUGUUUACCCCCUAUCCCCCAUCGAAAUCCUCUGGGUCAACCUCAUCACGUCCUCCUUCCUCGCCAUCGGUCUCGGUCUCGAGGAAUCUCAGGAAGACAGCAUGUUCCGCCCACCCCACGACGUCAAGAAGGGUGUUUUCACCACUGAGCUCAUCACCGACAAAUUCAUCUACGGCUUCUUCAUGGGCGCACUGUGCCUGUUCUCCUUCGCUACCGUUGCAUACGUCGGCCCAGGCGGCGGCAACCUCGGAUCAGACUGUAAUGAAGGGUACAAUGCGACCUGCGACGUUGUAUUUCGCGCACGUGCGACUACGUAUGCUACCAUCACGCUGCUACUCCUCGUAACAGCUUGGGAAGUAAAGCACUUCUCCCGCUCCCUGUUCAACAUGUAUCCCAACACGGACCAAGGCGUUCCACGCGGUCUUUCCAUCUUCCCCACGCUUCUGCGGAACCGUUUCCUCUUCUAUGCCGUCAUCGCUGGCUUCGUCACCAUGUUUCCCAUCGUUUACCUCCCCGUUAUCAACGAGAAGGUUUUCAAGCAUAAGAGUAUCACGUGGGAGUGGGGCAUCAGCUUCGGCUGCGUGGUCAUUUAUAUCACGGCCAUUGAGGCUUGGAAAGCCAUCAAGAGGCGCUUUAGGCUAUGGAGCGGGGCCCACAGAGUCAUCAGCAGGGAGGAUGCUGAGGCUAGAGCUGGUCUAGCGGGUGGCGUAGUGAACACUCGAUCGGAUCUGGUGGAGGACACGAAUUGGACUAACGAGGUAGGGAGCAUUAAGUUGACGCCCGUAUGA